GAAUCCAUCCUCGCCAAUGUGGCCGGCCAUGCCGAGUUUAUCCAGCGCAUUGGCUCUUACCUCUCGCCCACGGAGCUUCUCAACUUGUACUGCGCCUCGAGACACUUCAACUCCAUGAUUGAGAACUGCAUGCGGUCUUCCUUCUAUCGGUGGUCCCUCCUCCACGCCCCUAAGGGCAUGUUUGUCUUCGACUGGCGCCACUGGCAAUACCGACACCUCAUCAAAGAGGACAAGUCGUUCCGCUCCAAAGUGAGCCCGCCUCUGCUAGGCCCCUUGAAGGGCGGGGAACCGAAGAUCCACAAGCGCAUGAUUCCCACCAUGAAGUGGUUCCAGAUGAUUUGCUUCCGCGAGGAAAUCGUUUCUGACAUCUUGGCCACACUGGCCCGCCAGGGUCUGCGCUACCCCCGGGGCACAUCGAUCUCAGUCAUGAAGCUGUGGCGCCUGCUGGACUUGCGCACCACCAAGGAGCGCAACCUGCUGAUCCAGGAUAAGAACAUCUUCACUGACGUCGACCUGUGGAACAUGCAGCACUUCCUGUGCAAGCUAGCGCUCCGCUUCAACGACCCCGUCUACGGCCCCGAGUCGUGCGACGUCGUCACUCUGUUCAUGAGCCAGAAGAGCCUUCUUCCCCUUUGGGAGCUGCUCUUUGGGCACAAGUACUACUCCGUCCACUCCUUUCUGCAGCUCAAGAUCCGCACCGACCUGGGCCACAAGUGGCACCUCCCAGACGGAUCCGACUGGCAGGGCCCCGACAAAAACCUAAUCCUGGGGGUGCCCGCCCGGGAAGUGGGCCAGCUAUACCUAGGCACCGACGGCAAGAAGCUCGUCAGGCCCGCCUCCCUCAUCGCCACCGAGUCGGCCCGCCGCCAGCUCCACCUCGAAGACCACAUCCUGAACAUGUUCCUCUGGGGCUUUGUCGACCUGCGCACCGGCAACAACCUGGGCCCCACGGAGCAAGAAAUUUUCAUGAAAGACGAGGACCGCAAAAACCGUAGUAUUGACACAACUAAUGAGUUCACCAAGUACCACGCUCGCAACGCUCUCUGGCACGCCUUGAGCCGCGACGAGAAG